GCGAGACGGAGGUGCGCGUGCGUAUUUAUUCACGGCGUUCCUGGCGGGGUGGACGGCCGUGUCCCGUUUGGCAAGAUGGUGAAGCUGACGGCGGAACUCAUCGAGCAGGCGGCGCAGUACACCAACGCCGUCCGGGACCGCGAGCUGGACCUACGCGGGUAUAAAAUUCCAGUAAUUGAGAACUUGGGUGCCACCCUGGAUCAAUUUGAUACCAUUGACUUUUCUGACAACGAGAUUCGGAAGUUGGAUGGGUUUCCCCUGUUGAGAAGGCUGAAAACAUUGCUGAUGAACAACAACAGGUUAAGCCGAAUAGGGGAAGGCCUUGAACAGUCUUUGCCCAAUCUGAAGGAGCUCAUUCUUACCAACAACAACAUCAUGGAGCUGGGCGACCUAGAUCCCUUGGCAACUAUUAAAUCUCUGACUUACCUGAGUCUUUUGAGAAACCCUGUAACAAAUAAGAAGCAUUAUAGGCUGUACAUCAUCUACAAGGCUCCACAAGUCAGAGUGCUGGACUUCCAGAAAGUGAAAUUAAAAGAGCGUCAGGAGGCAGAGAAAAUGUUCAAGGGCAAGAGGGGUGCACAGCUUGCAAAGGAUAUUGCCAGGAGAACCAAAACUUUCAACCCAGGUGCUGGUUUGCCAACAGACAAAAAGAAAGCAGGGCCCUCCCCAGGAGAUGUUGAAGCCAUCAAGAAUGCCAUUGCUAAUGCCACAACUCUGGCUGAAGUAGAGCGGCUCAAAGGCUUGCUGCAGGCAGGACAGAUACCCGGCCGAGACCGCAAAGCAGGUCCGUCAGAUGAACCUGAAGAAGAGAUGGAGGAAGACGUAAUGGCCAAUGGAUCAUGAAACGUUUUCUGCCUCUGGAGAGCGUGCAGAAUUCUGUUGUACCGUUGUUGGUUGACACAUUUGAGUGGGCUUCAGCCGGAAUGCUAGAGUAGGCUAUUUUUUGUUUAGAGGCUCUGUUGGUUUAUGUGAAUUGAACCGUACCUUGUAAAUUUUAUACUGUACAUUUUGAAGUACGAAUAAAAGGUCUUUUUUUU